GAGGUGGACAUCUUUGUUGGGUCGUCUCGCGCGUUUUGAUUGUGGAUAUUUUUAUUCACUAGAGGUCGUCACAGUACCAAAAGUAUUUUAUAUGGCGUCAGUUGAUAAGACUUCAAAUGACAGAAACAAUGCGUGUAAAGUGAAGUGCGCUCUUCUGAAACGUAGUAAGCGAACUAAAUUUUUUUGCGUGCCAUUUGUUUAUUGCAGCUCAUACUGGCAUUUCCUGUCUAACCUCCCUGAAAUGUAAAGCAUAUCUAUGACAUUAUCAGGUUUACCUAUAUCUCUAUGUAACAGCCCUUGGGAAAGUGCGUCUUCGUAUGUUUUAGACAUGCGGAAGUGUCUGAGGUCUAUGCGUCGGUGUUAAAUGACGGACGGCUCCUUGCGUCUCCAUCUGAAUUGAGUAAUAAUUAUGCCUCCAAAAGAUCCGCUUCUCGGGACUCUAAAAGUAUGCAUCCUGAACCUGCAGACGGUGGAGGGGACAGUGACUGAUGUCAGCCCUCACCUCUCCUCUUGCUGUGAACUUCUUGAACUUAUCCUCAGAAAGGGUCUUCAACAGCCGGUCCUUGGCCUGGUACACAGGGACUACUGGCAUUGCUUUGAGCAACUCCUUCAACACGACACCUGCGGCAGGCUGAGCUCUGUUUCGCUGGCAAUUGAAGAGACUUCAACCUGCAGGAAGUUGUUGUCAGCUCAGGGACGAGGACGCUACCUCCUCAGGCUAGCCCUCAGACGGAGGGUUCUAGAAGAAGUCAUCAAACACCUGCUACACACACCGAAAGUCUUAGAGUGGUACAACCCAGCAGUUUCACUUCUUAGGAAUGAGGAGUUUUUGGAACCUUUCAUGUCGCUGCUUAAGGUCCUUACAGAAAUGGACUUCAAACUGGACAUGAAGAACUGUAGUUUUCUGGAUGAGAGCUGGCUUCUACCGGUGUGUGAUGUGUAUGAGGCUGUACCCUGUCAGGAACUAGGGAUGGUGCUCAGGUAUCUCAGUGGUCGUGUUUUUGUCCUGCAGCUGUUGCCAGGUAGCCAGGCUCAGGUGGACCAGUGUGUACAUCCCGGUGACAUCAUCGACGAGAUCAACGGAAUCUCUUUACGGAAUGCCUGCAAUGGACAGGCAGGUGUGAUCCUCACCAGGUUAAAGUGUUGUCCCCUGUCCCUGCGUGUGUUGCGAUGGCGUGGGCAGGACGGGGGCAUGUAUCGCCCUAUCAUCAAACUCCUGAGGGCUCUCAGAGAGGAGAACCCCUCCCUGCAGCUAGGCUCCUCCCAUUCAUCUCUACAACUGACUAAUCAAGGCCUGGGGACACCGCCCUCUCAGUGCCUCAAAGAGGGAAGGAUUGUGUAUAUUGUGCAGUUCUUGGGAAAGGCCAACAUUGGAUUGUAUGGAGGCAAAGAGGUGCUUCAACAUGGAAUCACCUUGGUUAUACAGAAAAACCAGCCCAGCAAGGAAGUACUUUUGGACCUAAAGGAAACUCACCUGAUCUGCACUGAGAAAUCCAAUAAGAUAAAGUUGUUCCAGCAUCAUUAUCCAGAGAUCUCAUGCGUAGGGCGGUUUGGCUACCCGGACUAUACCAUCUUUGCCUUUUGUGUGUCAGACUCCCCAGAAACUCCUCAGUCAACAGGAUUCUGCUGUGUGGUACUCAAAGCCAGUGUUGUUAAAGAGUGUGAGGAAAUAGUCAACCGCAUCGUACAUACUUUGAUUCUGAUGUGGUAGUUGGACCAAGCAUGUGGCAUAGUCUGCUGGUUUCAAGCAAACGGAAUGGUUUGUAUGACCAAAAAUCCCACCAACUGGACAAACCAGAUGUUACAUUUAGACAUGAGUCUCAACUGUUGUGCUUGUACUGGACAUGAAAACCCAUAGACACAUUAAAGAUGUUUUAGAGCAAUGUCUGCCAAUUAUUGUUACUGAAUAUACAUGUGCUUUAA